CCGUCGUAAUCCGUUUCGGUCAAUACCAGACUGUACUUACAUGUUUGCAAACUCGGAUUUUCAUUCGCGCGACUCCGCUAGGGUUCUUGUUGUCAUACGGACCAUGAAAGUCGCUCUGAGGACGAUCGAACGGCGACUAAUACGGAGCUAGGUGCUCCGUAGGAGAUAGCUUGUCAGUUGCGAUCGCUAUUUCGUGUGGUACGUAUCGCGGCACGAAGAUUUCGUGAAUCAGUGAGGAGCAGUCUCGAGAGUGUUUAAUGCUACAUUUUAAGUUGGAUCAACGAGAGGCUGACGUCUAAUCGUUGCACAUAUUCGCUGAUCUAUCACGUUACGAAUAUGAGAAUUAAAACAGUCCCGAGACAUAGAAUACUCCAGAGGAACGCGAGAGUCGCGUCUGCAACAGAAACCUCUAUAGACGCGGAAACUGUCACAGAUACAAAAAAGAAUUGUGAUUCUACACACACGAUGAACAGUCAAAACUUAUAUAACCAGGCAUACGAGUCACCUUCAGCGAUUCUCAUUCCUGGCGCGAUGUCCAGUACUUCAUGCAGCGACCUGACCUUGCCCACAUCCACCAGCGUAUCAUCGCCGCUUGCUAACAAUAAUAAUAAUAACUCAGAAGUCGUGAAUCUAUCAAUUAAAGACGCUUCCAAUCGCGUCAAUAAAACUGCGUCGGGUAACUCCGCCGAGCCAGAUGAUAAGUUGAAGGAUACGUUCCUCUAUAAGAUCAUGACCGACCCGAAUUUCCUGGAGAACAUACAAAGGAACAAACAGCCGAAGAAGUUCGUCUGCAUCUUCUGUAAAGAGGAUUUCACGACGUGCGAGGAAUUGACGAGCCAUAUGGACGUGAAGAAGAACGAUAGCAAUCAGAUUGCCUGUUGCGCUUGCAAGAAGACUUUUGCCGAGAAGAGGUACUUGAAGUACCAUCGGAGAUGUCACUCCGAGAGGACCAAGUUCACAUGCGACAUUUGUACGAGAAAGUAUACGAGACUGGACAAUUUAACGAGGCACAAUGUGUUGCACGUGAAUCCCGACAAAUUCUCCUGCACGAUCUGCAACAGGACCUUCACGCGUAAGGAUUUGCUGAAUAAGCAUCGGAAGAGUCACGAGAAGUAUAAUCUUUACUGCGAAAAAUGCGGCAAGUACUUUAGGAAAAUUCUCACGCUGGAAAAUCACCAGAAAACGCAUGGCGAUACAUCGAACAUUUCGACGAGCGCCGCUGCUUUCGAGACGGAGGCUUCUGUCAAGAAUAUAGAUUGUAAGACUGAGAAUACCGUCUGUGCUGAGAAUACAGUUUGCAAAACUGACAUUUCAGCCAGAGAUGAGGAUUUAGUUUGCAAAACUGAGGAAUCAGCUCGUAAAACUCAGAACUUGCCUUUUGAUGAAAGUAUUUGUUAGGUAAAGUUAUAUAUUUCUCUGUUUGAUCUCAGUUUAUUAUAUCUUCUGGUAAUCGAAGUGGGGAAAUUUUCAAAGAAUGUAUUGUUUAGUAGAAGUACAAUGUAGUACAUUAAUACAUUGAUGAAGAUGCAACAUUGUUAAAUUCAUUCAUAUAUAAAUAUAAAUAUAUAUAUAUAUAUAUAUAUAUAUAUAUAUAUAUAUAUAUAUAUAUAUAUAUAAUAUCGGCUCUUACAAAAUUACUGUACAUUAACUUGUUAUACAGUAGUCUCUUGCAGUAUAAUUUAUGGGUUUUUGUUUACGUAGAUGUAUUUGCUAUUUUCUCUUGACCUACUGCGAGUAAAAUGUGCUUAUAUUUUCGGGGAAUAUAUUCGUAAUUAUAUAUUGUUAAUAUACACAUAUAACUUGACCAAAUGCAUAUAUAAUAAUUAAUUGGUUAUUGUGUCACCAUUUCCGCGGUGUCGAAUAUUUUUUGAGAAGAGAUUAUGUUCUUUAUUAUCAUCAGCACCGGUAAAUAAUCUUAUAAAUAUAUGUUCCUUAAACAAAGGUAAACACACUAGGAACUUUCACCUUUAUUAUACACCAUUAUAUAUACAAUUAAGGAUGUUAAUUAUCAACUGGAAAUAUCAGGUCCUUUUUUCAAAAAUAAAAUGGAAUCGUACUCCAACUUACUGGAAAGGGGAAAAA